ACGUACGGGGCGGGCCGCGAAAGGGACGCAAAGGGGCGCACGAGCACUCGGGGCACGCAGGCCGUGCGUGAGCACUAAGGCGGUGCCCGGGCGCCGAUCGUCCGGCUUCCCCCGCCCCCUGUUGCGUGUCCCAGCCGUGCGCCCCUCCGGGCUGCCGGGACGAUGGCGGCGCUAGGGCGCGGGUCUCCCGGCCUGCUCCAGCUCACCCUGGCUCUGAUCAAGCCGGACGCCGUAGCCCAUCCCCUGAUCCUGGAGGCCGUUCACCAGCAGAUCCUGAGCAACCAGCUCCUCAUUGUGCGGAUGCGAGACCUGGUUUGGAGACGGGAGGAUUGCCAGCGCUUUUACCAGGAGCACGCAGGGCGUUUUUUCUAUCAGCGCUUGGUGGAGUUCAUGGCCAGUGGCCCAAUCCGGGCCUACAUCCUGGCUCACAAGGAUGCUGUCCAGCUCUGGAGGACCCUGAUGGGGCCGACCAAGGUGUUUCGUGCUCGACACCUGGCCCCUGACUCUAUCCGGGGCAGCUUUGGACUCACGGACACACGGAACACCACCCAUGGCUCAGACUCGGUGGUCUCUGCCAGCAGAGAGAUUGCGGCCUUUUUCCCAGACUUCAAUGAGCACCGCUGGUAUGAGGAGGAGGAGCCCCAGCUGCGCUCAGGCCCGGUGUACUAUGACGUGGAGGAAGGUAUUCACUGUGUGGCCGGAGGAGGGGUGGCCUCGGCCAACCUGGAGCCUCCAUCCUGAGGAUGGAUGACGACCCGGGAUGAGAGACGGGAACUACUCUUCUGUGAAAUGGGGAAUGUGGUCCUGCCUCCCAGGGCAGGAUGAGUGAGAUGGGGUGCAGCUGGAGGUCAGCCUCACUUGGCUGAGGAAUGUCUGUUGUUGAGGUGCCUGGCCUGGGCGAGGCCUCGGAACCACAGAGACACCCCUUCCUCAAAGGCCUUGGGUCUCUUCUCUCUCACUGUCCCCAAUUGGGAGCGGCCUGCCUCUGCUGGGCCCCGGGAGGGCAGCCACCCACUGACCUCCCAGGUCAUCAGCCCCCUCUCUCUCCUGUGGCUUCGACCUCAUUAGCACCAAAGAUGACCCUUCCCCCUUCAUCCUAAAUGCCUAUGAGUCCUUCUUGGACCCUCAUCUCCUGCCCUGCUUACCUCCCCCCAGGCUGUCCAGCACAGGACUUUUGAGCUGGCCAGGACCUUGGGCUGCUGCCUCUGCCGGCCCUCCCUCUGGGGAAAGCCUUCACUGUUGGCCUUUGCCCCUCCCUGACCCCAGCUCUGUCCCUGGAGGCCACCCUUCCAUGUUGGGAAGGAGUCUCCCCCAGCCUGGUUGCCCUGGUUGGGUCCUCAAGCUGAGCCACAGCCUUCCUGCAGAUGGGCCCAGAGUGGAGCAAGGACCCCAUGCCCCUUCUUGGAGCUCAGCCCAAGAAGACCCCCAGGUCUUCUCUGGCCGUUUUGGUUCUGUCCUGAGAGUGGAGCAGCCCCCCACCCCCAUUACCAGUGGGGACCCUGUGGUCUGAGCCUUUGUGCUCAGACCCCAUCGAUGGCAGGUUCCUAGGACCCCCUGCUACACGCUCCUGCCCCCUGGUUGGGGUCUCCUCUCUUUAUUGCUGGCCUCCACUUCCCUCCCCACCCCCCAGGUGCACUCCCACUUGUGUGGGGCUGUUUCCUUUCAGUCUGUUCCCCCAGUGCUGGCCCCACUCUGCUCCCCAAAUGCCAGUUUAAGUGGUGCCCUCUGCCCUCGCCCAGCCACCCUGUCGUACCUGUCCCCAAGGGGCUAAGUCUUGCUAGGGAGGCUGGGACAUGGUGUGGCCUUUCAGGUUCUGUCACCUGAGCAGGGGCUUCAUAGUAGCUGUGGUUGAAACCCUGCUUGUGCCUCUUGGCAGCUGGCUGGCCUUGGGUCUCUGCUUCCUUUCAGCCCUGCUCUUCGCUACCUCCCAGGUGUGGCCUGAAGCUUAGGACAAGGGCUUUGUGAAUCACCCUUGUCCUUUGGGCAAGGAAUGCGGCUGUGCCCGAGCAGCUUGGGGACUGGACAUUUGUGGGGCCCAGCAGUCAGACAGUAAUGAACUGGGGGUGGUAGGGACUGGCCAUCCCUGCUGCUGUCCACCUCGCCUUGUCCCCAGAGGAGGGCUGUGUGAGCCUGGGCAGGGCAGCACUGGCUGGUUCUGGUUCUGGGGAGCGGGUGCAGGAACAAGGAGCAGGCUUUUCUGGGUGUGCAUUGAGCCCUGAUGGGCCUGGGCUCUGUACCCAGUGUUCCAGGAAGGCCCCAAACGAAAGACUGCUUUCUUACUGCUCUCACCCCCUGAGGACUGGAUGACAUCACAUAAAAGUUUAAGAGAAUUCCUUAUGUUGGGAAAGAGUUACUGAGUUGGUGUGGACUCAGACCCUGAGCUUUCUAGGGCUGCCUUGGGAGCUUUUAUCUGGCUGUUUAGUGAGAAUGCUGAGGCAUGAUGGCAAGUAGAGAAGGAUUUUCUGUGUUCAGAUGGAAUGGGGAUUUGGGAAGUUGUCAAGACUGAAUCCUACAUGAAGUUUCACGAAGCACGAAUGUUAAGUCCUGAAUGUGGUUUAAAAGAGCAAAAUGUAGAAGUGGCAUGCAUUUAUUAAGUGCCUGCUGUAUUUACUGGGCUGGGGAUUCAAAGAAAGGCACAAAUAAGCAGGAUAAAUGGGGGUGAUCUCGGAGGGAAGGCAUAGAGAUUAAAGACCAGGAAGCCUUGCAGAGGGUGGGAGUCUUAGAGGUCAGUGGUCAGAGCGCAGAGGAUAAUCGGACAGAGUGAGUGUCCAGAGGCUUGUUAGGAAUGGCCAGAAGGCCGGUGUCUCCGGAGUGGAGGCCUUGCUGGGGAAGGGUGCAAGUGAGUAAGGACUUGGAUGCCCAGACAGCUUGAUAGGGACCCCUGGGAGUUCACAGAGCAGGAGGUGACACCGCGAAUGUGGAGGACAGAUGGAAGUUCUAGGAAGCAUUUGCGUUGAUCGUGCGGUCUGCCAGAGCCGGCCAGGUCACCCCAGCAUGCACCGCCUCGAGUGAGUGGCUUCGUUCUGGCCGCGCUUCUUCCCAGUGCACAGGGUGCGGACACCAGCUCUUUCUCUUACCCAGGACGAUGUCCAGAGCUCUUCUAGACGAGCAAAUCCUGCAAUUUUUCAGCCAUUUUCUUGCUGCUUCUUUCUGUUUUGGAACUCUGUGGUUGCGCACGUUAUUUUCCCUUAUAGACACACUCAAAAAUUCCGUCCUCCAGUGGCUGAAUGGAAGGGCCCGCGUGGAGGCGGGCGGACCCCCAGCAGCUAUUCCAGUGGCCGAGGGGCUGUCCUAGGGGUGGCAGAGUCAGAAGAGAGAAGGGGUAUGCUGUAGAAGGGCUGGGCCUUGGCAACUCAGUGAGGCGGGGUGGCGGCAGAGGACAGUGUAAUGGCAGCUCAUGGGAGAGGGUCCUAGGGGUGUUCUGUGGUGGAACGGGGCAUCUGAAAAAGCCAGCGGACGAGGAGGCUGCUGACCAACGAGCUUGUGCAGGGUGGGCACCUCUGGAGGUAAGAGGAUGCGGUGGAAAGAUGCAGACGUUGAUCUAGAAAAGGCAAAGCCAGCGUUUGUGGGGCGAUUGUCUGGAAGAGAUGCUCCAGGGGACAGAAGGGAGAAUCAGCGGCAGUUCCAGAGACGGUUAACAGUUCCAACUGUCCCAAAAUGGGAUGGGCUUCCCUGAAAGUGGGGACCUGAACGUGGUGCAUAGGGCACUCAGCUCAGAGUCAUGUAGACCUUGGUUCACAUCUGUCAGAUGCUACGUGACCCUGAGCAAGGCACUGCAACUCUGCGCCUCAGUCUCCACAUUUGUAGAGAACGGAUUGGCCUCAUUACAGGCCACCCCCUGGUGCCGCCCUGCCAUCAUGAAGGGUCCCCCCUCAAUGGGGACUGCCCCUCCCAAGGCAAAGCCCCGGCCAUGCUUCAUUGGCCCCCCUCUUAUAAGGCCGCCGGCUCGGAGGCAGGGCUCAUCUUCCUUCCCCACCCAAGGGACCGUAAUCAAAUCAGCCCUUUCUUGUUCCUGAGUGUGAUGUGUCUGUGUCAUCUUCUGAGGCCCCACUCAGUGCCUUGGACGUCUGGGCACCAUCCCUUUGUGUGGUGGUUCCCUGUUAGAGCAUUGCACAGUACUGGGCACAUGGCAUGAGUUCAGUAAUGUUUGUUCAUUCACUGGCCCCAAGUCCCUGCCACUUCUAAAUCCAUGAUUCCACCAGCCUCCUGAUGUUGGUAUUGUUGAAGAGGAGUCUAGAUGCCGGCCUGCUAUGGACACUGGCCACAAACAUGCUGCACUGAAUGGGCAGUGGAGCCAGGUGCUCUCUGAGGUCCGUUUGAGCUCCAGAGGUCUGGACUCCUCCAGAGGGCAGCGAGUGUUGUGUAUGCCAAGCGCCCACCACGAUCCUUGCCCAGGGAAAAGGCUUCAUCACUGUUUAAAUAAAUUCAGAUCCAUCACAGUGUCAUGAAGUGGACGAAUAAGUCUGCAGACAAGGGGGAAAUCAGUGGGCAUGUCCUAAUUAGUUUAGGUUUUCAGGAAGUCUGACAGUGCUUAAUCAGAAACUGAAUGUCCCUGAACUGCCAUGAAACCAGGAGAGAUGCUUUUGGUCGCUGGGAAGAGAUGGGGACCCAUGGGCACUUCUCAGGCUGGGCCUUGAGCACUGCUGGUGGUCUGAGGAGAAAUGAGCAGUGUGUGCCAGGACUGGGCUUAGUGAUGGCCAGAGGAGACAGCCGCCCAGACAUGCUCUUCACUCUUUGGAGUGGUGAGGUCUCAACCUGGGAACACAAGAUGGCAGGCACAUUUGGGGAGACCCUGCCUUGACAGGAUCGAAAACCGGUUGGGAUUGAAUGAGAUGGAAUUUAACACGAAGCCCAUAUUUGGGUUCACAAAACUAACUGCAUGAAUGUAGGCAAGGGGGAUCGUGGAGACAUCACUCCUUUGAAAAGGACCUGGGGGUCCCUGUGGACCCUAUGCUCAAUAUGACUUGAGUGUGAUGCGGAAUUCAAGAAAGCUAACAUAGACUGCAUUAAUAAAGCAAUUCCCUAGGUUUAGA